AUGGCCUAUCUGUAUAUAUUAUGCAUGUAUUAUCUUAUUUGGAUUACAAGUGCGAAUGCAUCACUUUCGACAAUAGGCAAUGUCUACUAUAACAUGAGCUAUAAUUCAACAGGCACCAUAAUCACUCGUCUGACCGUGAAAUAUCAAAUAACUUGUGCUGCUCAAUGUGCAAAUCUAUUUGCCAAUUGCAAUACUGCUGUAUUUGAUAGUUUAACUAUUCCUCAAUCUACUCCGAGCUUGUAUCGUUGGAAUGUAACGGGUAUCACUGUAGCUGGUGCGAGUAGUGGUUCUGGAGGCACAGCAGAUAAUCUGCUCUCUCGACCAUAUGGGACCGCAUUAGGUUCAUUCGACUCACUUUAUAUUGCCGAUUUUAACAAUCAUCGCAUACAAAAAUGGUUAAUCAAUGAGUCAAAUGGUACAACGGUGGCUGGUCUAUCCAAUGGCACUGCUGGUGCAAGCUCAAUUGCUUUGAACUUGCCUACCAGUGUUGUGCUUGAUUCUAAUGAUAAUAUGUAUUUUACAGAUAGAGAUAACCAUCGAGUUGUAGAUUGGGCAAAUGGUGCAUCAUCUGGCUCUACGAUUGCCGGUAUUACAGGUAUUGCGGGAUCUACAAACAAUACCUUCUAUGGCCCGUGUGGUAUAGCCCGUGACUCAAGCACAGGUACACUUUACAUAGCCGAUACAUACAAUCAUCGGAUAAUGCAAUAUCUUUCGAAUGCUUCUUCAGGUACAGUUGUUGCUGGUGGAAACGGUCUAGGAACUGGUAUUACACAAUUGGCUCUUUUAAUUGCUAAUGCUCAAACCAACAAUAUUGUUCGUUGGGUGUUAGGUGCAAGUAGCUGGACACUUGUGAUUGGCAGUCCUACUGGAUUAAGUGGUAACACAUCGACACUUCUCAGUCAACCGAUCGGCAUCACAUUAGAUCCAAUGGGCAAUAUCUAUGUAGCUGAUUCACAAAAUCAUCGCAUUCAGUUCUUUUUUGCAGGCCAGUCCAAUGGCACAACAAUUGCUGGCGUCACAAGUUCACCUGGCAUUAGUCAGCAUAAAUUAAAUGCUCCCUGUUGGGUAAUAGUUGAUAAUCAACUGAAUUUAUAUGUAUCCGAUACUGCUAACAAUCGGGUUCAAUUUUUUUCACAUUCAUAA